CCUCAGGCAGACUUUGCGACAAACCCAACCAUCUUCUCCCUCGUCAUCUUCCCUUUCCAAACACACAUAGCGAUAUACCCAGACCAGAAAGGUCUCCAGAUUUCAAAAUGGCCAACAACUUUGAGGAAGUCGCCAAGCAGUUCAUCGAGUUCUACUAUAACACGUUCGAUUCCGACCGCAAGGCUCUUGCUGCCCUCUACCGCCCCGAGUCUAUGCUGACUUUCGAGUCUGCUUCCGUCCUCGGUGCCGAGCCCAUUAUCGAGAAGUUGACCUCUCUCCCCUUCGAGAAGGUCAAGCACCAGGUCAACACCCUCGAUGCCCAGCCCUCCAACGGUGAGGGUGGCAUCAUCAUCCUCAUCACCGGUGCCCUCCUGGUCGACGAGGAGCAGCGCCCCAUGAACUUCAGCCAGUCCUUCCAGCUGGCCCGCGAUGCUGGUGGCAAUUACUUUGUCUACAACGACAUCUUCAAGCUCGUCUUCGGUUAAGCUAGUCAAAACGAACGACAAACUCCGGCGCCUUUUUUGUUGAGGGGGAGGAGAAAGCGAGUUUAAACAAAGACACACCAAGUGGGGCGACGACAAGAGGAGCAAAUUAAAGCAGCGAUGGCGAUUCAAAGACGGGCUUUUUCCUUUUGACGAUCUGAAUGAAUUUUAGAGCACGGGGAUGUGGGAAAGAAACAAGGGGCGGGGGAAUGCAUGCUGGGGUCUUUGACUGAGAAAUUGGUCUUCCAACACGUCUUUUGUUCAAUUCGAGACGGUGCAAGAUGUACCGAGCUCAGCUUUAGACCUUGUCAACAAGCAGUAACAACAAAAAAAAUGACUUGCAUAUUGCGUG